AUGUCUAACAAAAUACACAAAUUUUUCACUCGAAAGUGUGCAGAUUGGAAUAUUUUGGACUUCUUGGAAGAAUGCAGUAUAGAAGAAUAUAAGAAAAAAGUGGAAGCCUACCUUACAUCUCUUGAAAUCAUUGCUAAUACUAAAAAAGACAUAAGGAGUGAACAAGCACAAGAGUUGCUUGAUAAGUAUAAAAAGGCAAAUACAUUACUAUUACAUAAACAAAGAGUCAUGGUGGUGUGGCAGAGGACUUCGAGUCCUGUGUCAUUCAAGUCUUUGAGACAAGCCACGAAGCUAAUGUUGGAGCACAGAAAAUCUUCAAGAUUGGCUGAUGUUCAAGACUUUGAGUUGACCUGGUGGGAUUUAAAUCGUAAAGAGAUUGCUAGUACCUCAAUAUACUUACAGAAUUCAACAUUUGAAGGCACUUAUUUAGGAAUUGGUAUAGUCAAUGGUGAUACUUUUAAUGCUGGAUUACCAACAUCAGUAAAAAGAUAUCAGAAGGAGAAUGAUUAUAAUGGUCGGGAUAAGAAGAGACAAUGUCAAACGAGAAGUGGGAGGAGUAUACCGAAUUAUGAGAAUUUUUUUGCAGAAACCUCCUCUCAAGAAGAAUUAGACAAAGAUGGCAAUAAUCUUGAAAGUCCCAUUCAAGAAAAUGAAGAAACAAGAAGUGAAAUGGGAUUAGAUGUUGAUUUUUGUGGGAAUCUUUCUCAAGAAAAUGAAGAAACAAGAAAAAAUGAAGAAACAAGAAGUGAAAUGGGAUUGGAUGUUGAUUUUUGUGAGAAUCUUUCUCAAGAAAAUGAAGAAACAAGAAGUGAAAUGGGAUUGGAUGUUGAUUUUUGUGAGAAUCUUUCUCAAGAAAAUAAUGAAAGAAAACAUAUUCAAGACAGUGUGUUAACUGAUAUUUUAGGAAACAUUAUCGAUUACUCAGAUACUACAAAAGAAAUUUUUUCAAUUUAUAAAAAACAAAAUCCUGAUGAAUGGCAUUGUGAAAUAGACGAUUUAAGAUCUCCAGAACAGAAUGAUCCCAUGAUGACAGCAGUAGUACAAGUUAUACAUCAUACCUUGCCACAAUUUAUCAAGGCAUUCUCGCUUGAGGAUCAAAAUCCUCUUUUAAACAUUACGACCAUUGAAGGGGCUCAUCUUAAUUCAUUUGUUCAUCCAUGUUUUGAUGCCUUUUUGUGGUAUAUAGCAAAUAUACAUUAUGAGUAUGAUGCCAACAAGCAUCAGCUUAUCUAUGUAGAAGGCACAAGACCAACAGUAAAGGAUGAUAAGGAAAUUGCUGAUCUGGAAAAAAUAACGAAUAAUUUAAAGAAUAUGUUUGGAGAACAGAAGGCGCCUUCCUAA